CAUGAUAGAGGCAUUUGAUGAGGAAGUUAGUUGGUUUAGGAAUCAUGCUCAGUUUAAGCAUAUAUUCCACAUGCCUAAGGAACCAAAUCACAUGAUUCAAGGCAUGUGGAUGCUUAUGCUUCGCACUGCUCGCACGGGUAUGGAGAAUGAGUGUUGGUUUGUUGUGAAUGGAGUGCCUAUAAGGUACUCCUUGAAAGAGCAUGCUUUGUUGACCGGGUUGGACUGCCAUGAGUACCCAAAGAAUCAUGAGAAGAAGGGUAGUUUGAGGUUUGUCAGAAGGAUGUUUGGGAGGACAGACCUAAUCAAAAUCAAAGAUGUAGAAAAGAAGUUGGCAGCUAUUAAGAGUGAGAAGUGUUUGGAUAGGAAGAAGUUGAUUAUUUUGUUGUUUUUAUGUGCGGUUGUGAAGGCUGAUUCUAAGGGUGAUGGGAACAUAGAGCAAUUCCUGUUAAGGAUUGUUGAUGAUGUUCAUGCUUGUGAGAUAUUCCCGUGGGGAAGGUAUUCUUUUGAGCAAUGUAUGACAGGGAUCCGGAGAAUGAUGAAAAACAUGAAAGGUGAGGUGAAACCAAAAGCACAGAGCAGCUUUUUUGGAUUCAUCACUCCUCUUGAGAUUUUUGCAUUUGAGUGCAUACCACAGCUUGGAAGGCGAUUCAGAGAAGCUGUUCCCGCAGCUAAUGACUGUCCAAGAAUGUGCAAAUCUAAAUUCACUGACAGUUGCAUGAAGGGCUUUACCUUGGAUGAGAUAAACCAAGCCCUUGGUGAAAUUAAGGAUAUCUCAAGCAUCUUGGAACCUGAUAUGGAUGAGAAAGAGAUGUUGUCUGGCCUUGUUGAGAAAGAUGUUGAUGAAGGGAUGGGAUUUAUUGAUCCAGUUGUUGAAGGUUGGAGAGAGCAGCUGAUCAGAAAGAAGAAGAAAAUCUGGUGGAAAAGUCUAUACCAGAUGGACUUGCAGGCUCGGGGUUUUGGUGAUGUUGUCCCUGAAGUGGCUGAGAGGCUUGGUGAUGUUAAAGAAAGUGAUGGUGAAGUCCCUGAGAGGCUUGGUGAUAUCCUCUCAUUACAGUCAGCUGUGGACAAAGGAUUUGCGAAGAUCAUGGAGAAGUUGUCUGAGAUGGAUAGCAAAGUGAGUAUGCUGGAUGGGAGAGUGAAAGAGUUAGAGGGUUAUGUGUCAGUCCAGCUAGAGAAAGAGCGGUACAAUGAGUAUCAUCCAGGGACUUCAAGUGAUUUUGUGCCAACCUAUUGUACACCAACUGCUAAUCAACCAAUAGCGAGUCCGACAAAGGCUUUGGUCCUUCACAGUGGUUUCACAGACCCUAAGCCAAUCCAGAUUCAAGAAUUGAGUGAGUUUACAUUUUUGUAGUUUUUAUUGUAACAUACAUGUUCUAACAUUGGAGUUGUGUAGGUGAUGAAGGUGAUGAGGAGCAGCUGGCUAGGAAAGAGAAGGAGAAUAAGAAGAAGAAAGCAGUGAGGCCGAAGCAUAGUGGCCCUACAAUCCAGACCGGGAAAAAGAGACAAAGGAAGGCUUCCAGGUUUCAGGCUGAACAGUUUACAGCAGAGGGGAAGGGGAAGGGGAAGAAGCGGCAGAAGAAAUAGGUGAUCUUUAUGAGAGAUCACUCUUUAUGAGUAAUUGCUUUUGUGUAGGACAAAACUUAUAUUUUCUGAGUAUUUUGCGGUUAUCUUUUAUUAGGAUUCAAAACAUUGUACUAUCUUUUGGUUGUGUUGUGGUUUAGGUGCAUUUUUUGUA